AGAAAGAAAGUAAAAAAACGAAGACCCCUUCGUCCGUCUCCCGUCCUCCGAAGAAGACUUCCCCUUCAUCUGUCUCCCCUCCUCCAAAUCCCCUAUUAGCACCCCCAAGAUUCGCUGGUGGUGCUCUCUCGUUCCUCCCUCUACUGCAGCUAGGCCAGUCUCCUCCGCGCGCGACCCACAUUCGAGAUUUUGCCGGAGACCAGUCUUUGUCGUCAAAUCUCUGUCGUCAUCUUCUAGAAGAACCAAAGUCUGCAAGGGUAAGGUGUCGUGUUUUCUUUCUUUGAUCGAAGCGGUUUGGUUUCAUUUCCCUCAUCUCUACUGCUGUCCACUCCUUUUAUCCUUAUCCAGCUUCCAAACUCGCGCCCUUAGGGCUUCCUUUCGCCUCUUUCCCCCUUCAGGUACGCUUAUAUGGUUUUAACUUCUUGUAGUUAUACUUGGAUUUUCCGAUUAGUUCUGUAUGUGAUCGUUAAACAAUGUCCCAGUUUCGGAUUUGUAAACCUAUGAAAUAUGCUUCUAGGGUUAGGAUUUUGUCAUACCGAUAUUUCACUUCUUUUGGACAAUGUGACCCUUUGGAUUCCCGGAGUUACCAGUUUAGUCCUGCUUCUAAUGUCCCAAACCGUCCAUUUUCGACUGGUUUGAUUAACCUAGUUCGUUGUAAAUUAUUUUCACAAAGCGCAAAAUUUACCUGCCGUAAAGUCCUUUAUGUGAAACUAUUCUCUUCCGCACACAACGACGAUGAGAAGGAUGAUAAUGGUGUAUGUGACACUACAAUGGUAGAGUCAGAAUGUGAGUUUGACGCGGAUGUUGGGAAAAGUGUUGAAUUGGCUGAUGAUGGGGACGCUGUAAAUGGGAAUGUUGUUAGUUAUUCUUUGGGGGUUGAAUUGCAACAUGGAAGUAAUGAUGUGGGUUUGGAUACAAGCGGUGGUUAUGUGCAUGUUGCAUCACGUGAUCCUGUUGAAUUAUAUCAUGAGCUGAGAAAUGCUGAGAAGCGUGCAAAGCAGACCCGGCCUGAUUGGGAGACAAUGCAGGAAGUAUUCAGUUACUUUGGAAAAUCUGGUUGGGCUUCCAAUCAGGCUCUCGCAAUUUACAUUGGUUUGUCGUUCUUUCCUACUGCUGCGCAGAAGUUUCGGAAGUUUUUCUUUGAGAAAUCUUCUGCUGGUAUUUUUCAGUACGUGGUGACGCUCGGUCCAUCUGAUGCUGCUGUCAAGUUCCUAUUUCCUAUUUUUGUGGAGUAUUGUUUGGAGGAGUUUCCUGAUGAGAUUAAGCGGUUCCGGGGAAUGGUUGAGUCAGCUGACCUCACAAAGCCUCACACUUGGUUCCCAUUUGCCCGGGCCAUGAAACGGAAGAUAAUAUAUCACUGUGGGCCGACCAACAGUGGUAAAACUUACAAUGCUCUUCAACGGUUUAUGGAAGCGAAGAAGGGUAUCUAUUGUAGUCCUCUCAGGUUAUUGGCUAUGGAAGUCUUUGACAAGGUUAAUGCACUUGGGAUUUACUGCAGUCUACAGACAGGGCAAGAAAAGAAAUAUGUCCCCUUUUCAAACCAUAUUGCUUGUACCGUGGAAAUGGUAUCUACAGAUGACUUGUAUGAUGUAGCUGUUAUUGAUGAAAUUCAGAUGAUGUCAGAUCGAUGUAGAGGUUAUGCAUGGACACGGGCAUUACUUGGAUUGAAGGCCGAUGAGAUACAUUUAUGUGGGGAUCCGAGUGUUUUGAGUAUUGUUCGAAAGAUUUGUGCAGAUACUGGGGAUGAGUUGCAUGAACAUCAUUAUGAGAGGUUUAAGCCAUUGGUGGUUGAAGCCAAGACCCUGUUGGGAGAUCUUAAAAAUGUUCGUUCUGGGGAUUGUGUGGUUGCUUUUUCAAGGAGAGAGAUAUUUGAGGUCAAAAUGGCAAUUGAGAAACACACCAAUCACCGCUGCUGUGUGAUUUAUGGUGCCUUGCCACCCGAAACUCGUAGACAUCAAGCUAAUCUAUUCAAUGAUCAAGAUAACGAAUUCGAUGUGCUUGUCGCUAGUGAUGCUGUGGGAAUGGGUCUGAACCUUAAUAUUAGAAGAGUUGUCUUUUAUAGCCUCUCAAAAUACAAUGGAGACAAGAUUGUUCCAGUUCCAGCAUCACAGGUGAAACAAAUUGCAGGAAGAGCUGGUCGUAGAGGAAGUCGCUAUCCAGACGGACUCACAACGACCUUGCAGUUAGAAGAUUUAGAUUACUUGAUUGAGUGCUUGAAGCAGCCUUUUGAAGAAGUAAAGAAAGUUGGUCUCUUUCCUUUCUUUGAGCAGGUUGAGCUAUUCGCUGGGCAACUCCCCAAUGUUACAUUCUGUCAGCUACUAGAGAAAUUUGGUGAAAAUUGCCGUUUGGAUGGAUCAUACUUUUUGUGUCGACAUGAUCAUAUAAAGAAGGUUGCAAAUAUGCUGGAGAAGAAGGUGCAGGGAUUAUCUCUGGAAGAUCGUUUUAAUUUCUCUUUUGCCCCAGUUAAUAUUAGGGACCCAAAAGCAAUGUAUCAUCUCCUGAGGUUUGCUUCAGCAUACAGUCAGAAUGUUCCUGUCAAUAUCGCAAUGGGCAUGCCAAAGGGUUCUGCUCGAAAUGAUGCAGAGCUAUUGGAUCUCGAGACUAAGCAUCAAGUGUUGUCUAUGUAUUUGUGGUUGUCGCACCACUUUAAGAAGGAAACUUUUCCAUAUGUGAAGAAGGCUGAGACAAUGGCGACGGACAUUGCUGACUUGCUGGGUCAGUCUCUAAUCAAAGCCAACUGGAAACCGGAAACAAGACAGGCAAGGAAACCAAAGCCUCAACAAAAGGAUGCCUCUCAAUCAGGUUAUGAGAGACCAAGGUCACUUGUCGAAUUAUAUGAGAAGAAAAAGCUUGAAAAGUCUUUACCAAGUAAGAAUACAGAGAAGGUUGCUGCAUAAUGAAAUUGCAGGUAUUGAUGCUUCCAUGUUACCUCCUUCCACAUGAAUCAAAUCAGGGCUUUGUUCCCAAGGAAUCUCAAAUGAACAAUGCUUUCAUUUUAGAAAAGGCCAUCAUGCCUGCCCGUGGAUAGGGGAUUAUUGUGCCUCUCUCUUUGUUGGGUAAUUUGUUUACUGUGAACUAAAAUGAAAUACUGUCGUGCAUAAAAGCCCUAUACAAGAUAUACAAGAUAGAAAUUUCUUUUGUGACAAACAAAAUCAAGUCAACGGGUAUAUCACGACCCACCCUGUCAAAAGGAUCCACUAUGUUGAAAGUUGAAACCUCAGUAGUCAUGUAUUAUAUUGGGCCUAUAUGGUAACUUUCUAAUUAAAAUCUCAGUCCUUGCACGCCUAAGGUUGAUAAUACUUUUGGCUGGUGAAUGGAUAUAUUUCACUACCUGAUAUUGACGGUCCCCUUCCUACUGGAAAGAAGUACUUGAUACUGAAGAUAGACAUAUAAGCUAUUCUGCUGGGUGGGGAAAGCUGCUGGAAUUCAUCCUCUAAUAACCUCCUACAUUGUUUCUUUUCUGCAACCUUACCUUUUGGGUGUUUUUUAUUCUAUGUUAAACAUGAAGAAUAAAUUGAUUUUAUGCAUGCAGCUUCUUUAGUUGGUUUAGUGAAACUCAACAGAAAGAUAUUGCAGAGCUUCAUGAGGAGGUGAAUUGUGUUCCGUUCUUUUAAUUAUUGGGUUCAAAUUUGGUUUUUUUCAUGUUUCUAUCUUUUGAGCUAUGAUGUGUUCCUGCCUUUUCUUAAUUAUGUUGUCAUUUUAACGUGCACUUAUCAUCUCACUGAAAUCAUCAGAAACUGCUCUCUCUCUCUAAAUUACUUGGUUUUCCUCGUGAAUUAACAGAUUGCAGAGAUAAUAAAGGAAGAUUUGUGGCCCAAUCCACUGAAGUGUCUUAAGAUGGUGAUAUUUUCUUCAUACAUGUUCCUUUUCAUUUUUCUGUAGUAUUUUCCUUGUUAUCUGAGUAGUUAGUCAACAAAAAAUCUGGGAUUAUUGUUUUCUGUUUGCUCUUGAGAAUUUUUAAUUUCAUUGUUUCAGGAGACUGAUGUAGGGGACUCUGAUGAUGAAGAG